UUCUUUCUGUUUAACCACAAACAAUUCAUGCUCCAUCGCAUCGGACAUCAAUGUCGAUCACUUAUUCGUCUUCCCUUUACACCAUUAAACCCUUCAAUCCUCAUUUUAACUAAAUCAUCAUCAUCAUCGUUGAACUCUGCCCAAGCCCUUGAAUUAGAAUCUUCAACCGCUUCUUCCGCUACAAACGGCCCCUUGCUUUCUAGUAUCCUCUCCUUGUUUAAGGUACUGGGUGGCUCCGCUGUGAAGUUUCUCGGUGUGAAACAUCGGUUCAGAACCUUUGUUUCGGGUCUGAGUUCUAGGCAGGUGGACGAGAUUAUUGAAUACUUGAGAAUUCAAGACCCGAAUUCUGCUGUGGAAUUUUUUGAAUUGUUGAAGACUGAGUAUGGGUUCAGGCAUUCGAGAGUUUCUCAGUUUGUUAUAGCUCAUGUUUUGGCUAGUCAAGGACGGCUUAAGUUGUUGCGUUCAAACCUCUUGCAAAUGCUGCAAGAAGAAGGCUUUGGCUCUGGACCUUUAUUUUGUGAGCUGCUUUCAGUUGACUUCAAGGGUUGGGAAGCAAAUGCCAUUGUUUGGGACAUGCUGGCAUUUGCUUACUCUAGAUCUGAGAUGGUUCACGAUGCUCUUUUCGUUAUAGCCAAGAUGAAAGAUUUGAAUGUUCAGGCUUCAAUAUUGACUUACAACAGUUUAUUAUAUAACUUGAGGCACUCUGAUAUCAUGUGGGAUGUGUACAAUGACAUAAAAGAGAGUGGAGUCCAUGAGAGCAAACAAACUAAUUCCAUUCUUGUAGAUGGUUUGUGUAAGCAGUCGUUGAUGCAGGAAGCAGUUACCCUUCUGCGUGGAAAAGACAUGAAAGAGUCUUCGCCUCAUGUUGCUUCAUUUAAUACUGUCAUGUCAAGUUUCUCUAAAAUGGGGUUCAUAGAUAUCGCUCAAUCCAUUUUUUGUUUGAUGUUGAAGUUUGGAGUACAUCCUGAUACAUACAGUUAUAAUAUUCUUAUUAAUGGUCUAUGUUUGGCGGGUUCUAUUGAAGAUGCAUUGAAGUUGACAGAUGACAUGGAUAAGCAUGGAGUAGCGCCUGAUGCAGUAACAUACAACACCCUUGCUAAAGGUUUUCGUGUACUCGGCAUGGUAAGUGGGGCAUCAAAGAUGAUUCAGCAAAUGCUUACAAAGGGGUUGAACCCUGAUAGUGUCAUAUAUACAUUGCUGAUCUGUGGGAAUUGCCAGGAAGGCAAAGUUGAGGAAAGCCUUGAUUUGCGAGAUGAGAUGCUUUCCCGUGGGUAUCAGCUAAACUAUAUCUCAUAUAGUGUUUUGGUAAGCAGUUUAUGUAAGAUUGGGCGUGUUGAUGAAGCUUUGUGUUUGCUUUCCGAGAUGGAAAUAGUUGGUUUAAAACCUGAUGGUGUUAUGUAUUCUAUCAUCAUUCAUGGUCUCUGCAAACAAGGUGAAAUACAGAAGGCAAUUCAACUAUACAUGGAAAUGUGCACCAAGAGAAUCUUUCCUAGUAUUUUCACUCACAGAGCUGUUUUAUUGGGUCUCUGUGAGAAUGGACCACUAUCUGAGGCAAGGAUGUACUUUGAUAUGUUAACUAGCAGUGAUGGUAUUCAGGAUAUUGUUCUUUACAAUAUUAUGAUCAAUAGAUAUGCAAAACUCGGCAUGAUUCGUGAGAGUGUACAGUUGUACAAUCAGAUAUUAGAGAAAGGGAUUGAUCCAACUAUUGUCACCAUCAAUUCUUUAAUAUACGGGUUCUGCAGAACUAGACAACUAACUGAGGCAAUUAGGUCAUUUGAUAGCAUUAGGGAUCAUGGAUUACUACCUACUGCUAUCACAUACACUACUCUUAUGAAUUUUUUAUGUGAAGAGGGAAAUAUACCAGCAAUGUUUGAUUUGAAACGGGAAAUGGAAGCUAGUGCUGUAGAACCAACUCAUGUUACGUACACAGUUAUUAUGAAGGGUCUUUGUAAACAAAGGAAACUGAAAGAAUCUUUGCUACAGCUUGAUAACAUGUUCUCACAGGGUUUGUCUCCUGAUCAAUUCUCAUACAACAUUCUCAUUCAAUGUUUCUGUGAAGCACGAGAAUUUCCAAAAGCCUUUGAGUUACAUGAUGAAAUGAUAUUGCACGAUCUUAAGCCCGAUGCUGUUACAUAUAACAUUCUUAUUAAUGGUCUAUGUGUAUAUGGUGAUUUACAGGAUGCUGAUAAGUUAUUCUCAUAUCUACGGGAGCACAAUUUUGGAUUAAAGAAAGCUGCUUAUACCACGCUUAUUCAAGCACAUUGUGUAAAGGGGGAUGCAUAUCAAGCAAUGGCACUCUUCUCUGAAAUGGUCAAGAUGGGGUUCCAAGUAACCAUUAGAGAUUACAGUGCUGUUAUCAAUAGAUUGUGCAAAAGAUGUUUAACAAAUGAAGCAAAGGUUUUUUUCAGUAUGAUGCUUUCCAAUGGCGUCUCUCCUGAUCUUGGCGUUUAUACAGUGAUGAUGUAUGCAUUGCGUCUAGUGGGUGAUCUCCAUUCAAUGCAUGAGUUACUCCCUAAUAUGGUCAAAUGUGGCUUAGGGCCUAUUUGUUAG